GUCGUGCCUGUCAGAGUGGCUGGCGGCGCUGGCGGCUCUUGGAGCUGGGUUGUCAGUCACGGAGCGGAGGGGGAAGAUGGCUCAUCCGGACCCGUUUUGCUAGGAAGAAGGGGGGCAGGUGCUGCUGCUACCCGGGACGAGGCAGAACAGACGCCGUCGCUGUCGCUGCGAGCCAGACAAGUGGAGGAUCUGGAGGUGGAGCUCAGGGAGCCGCUCUGGUUGAAGGUUCGGAACAGAUGUGGAAAGAUGUUCACUUCAGAAAAAGGAGUUGUGGAGGAAUGGUUAUCAGAGUUUAAGACACUACCAGAAACAUCUUUAUCAAAUUAUGCAACAAAUUUGAAAGAUAAGAGUUCUUUAGUUUCAUCUCUUUAUAAAGUUAUCCAGGAGCCACAAAGUGAGUUGCUAGAACCUGUCUGUCACCAGCUCUUUGAAUUCUAUCGCAGCGGAGAGGAGCAGUUACUUCAGUUUACGCUGCAGUUUCUUCCAGAACUGAUUUGGUGCUACCUUUCUGUCUCCGCCAGCAGAAAUGUGCACAGCAGCGGAUGCAUCGAGGCUCUUCUUCUCGGGGUUUAUAAUUUGGAAAUAGUUGACAAACAGGGACAUAGCAAAGUACUGAGUUUUACAAUUCCAUCUUUAUCCAAACCAUCUGUAUAUCAUGAACCUUCCAGCAUUGGCUCCAUGGCUCUGACGGAGAGCGCGCUGUCCCAGCACGGCUUGUCAAAGGUCAUGUACAGCGGGCCUCACCCCCAGCGCGAGAUGCUGACCGCACAGAACAGGUUUGAAGUGUUGACAUUCCUUUUGUUGUGUUACAAUGCUGCCUUAACCUAUAUGCCCAGCGUUUCUCUUCAAUCAUUGUGUCAAAUUUCUUCAAGAAUCUCUGUGUGUGGAUAUCCCCGACAACACGUAAGAAAAUACAAGGGCAUAAGCAGCAGGAUACCGGUUUCCUCAGGAUUCAUGGUGCAGAUGUUGACAGGGAUUUAUUUUGCCUUUUAUAAUGGAGAAUGGGAUCUAGCUCAAAAAGCGUUGGAUGAUAUUAUAUACAGAGCCCAGUUAGAAUUAUAUCCAGAGCCAUUACUGGUUGCUAAUGCAAUAAAGGCUUCACUGCCUCACGGUGCCAUGAAAUCUAGUAAGGAAGGUACAAGGUGUAUUCAAGUUGAAAUUACACCAACUGCCUCUAGAAUAUCAAGAAAUGCAGUAACCAGCAUGUCAAUACGAGGUCAUAGGUGGAAGAGACACGGAAACACAGAAUUAACAGGCCAAGAAGAACUGAUGGACAUAUCUGAAGUUGACGAGGGAUUUUAUUCCAGAGCUGCAUCCAGCACCAGCCAGUCAGGGCUAUCAAACCAUAGUCACAAUUCUGGUAGCAAAACAAGUGCAGGAAAGACUCAGAGACGGUCAGGAGGAGGCAAGACUGGAGGAAAAGAAAAAGAAACCGCAGGGGAGUCUUGCAAAGAUCACUUUGCUCGAAAACACACUCAGAGAGCCCAAAGUGAGAAUCUUGAGCUUCUCUCUUUGAAGAGACUUACGUUAACAACCAGCCAGUCCCUGCCUAAACCUAACAGCCACGGUUUGGCUAAGACUGCUGCGACUGUAUUUAGUAAAUCCUUUGAACAAGUCAGCGGUGGCACAGUCCCACAUAACCCAUCCCCUGUUGUUGGCUGUGGGACUGGGACAGAUGCCAACAGGUUUUCCGCUUGUAGUCUCCAAGAAGAAAAGCUUAUUUACGUUUCUGAGCGGACGGAACUUCCAAUGAAGCAUCAGUCGGGUCAGCAGAGACCUCCCAGUAUUAGCAUUACUUUGUCCACGGAUUAGUUUUGAAGAGUUUUCUUGUGUGACCAGUGAACCUGGAAAUACGACUUUGCCUCUUUAUGAAAGUGCCGGGGGUCUUUCAGCCCUGUUUCUGGCAGAGCCUCGCUGUCUUAAAUUCUGAAGGUUACCUUGACUUUGUGAAGGGAAUGAUGUCUAGGUUGCAGUGAGUUGAAAUAUGGUGUUGUUAUUUAUUGGCUGUGCAUUUUUUCUUAUUUUUUUUCUUUGUUUCUGUUGCUCUGAGAUUGUCAGUAUGACAAUUCAUUUUCGCAGGUUGUCCGAUUAGAUUGGUAACAUCUCAUGUGAGCUCAUGGGUGGUUUCCCCCCCUAAGAACUCCUAUCCUGGUAAAUGUAAGUUCGGCCUUCAGAAUAAAAAGAAGUAUCCAUGAACUGUUUUUUGAAGGAUGAGGCAGAUGUGCAACUCCUGCUUGACUUCAGAAACUCUAGUUAGUUCGGACGGCCAUGAUUCAGAGCACACAUCACUGAAGACUCCCUGGAAACUGUAGACCUUGCAACACAGCUCUCAGGAUGCCAGUGUCAGCCCUAUUGUUUGUCUGCAAAUGAAGGAAACUAGGUAAAUUUUUUUUAAACUAUAAAAUGUCAUAAAAAUAAAGAUAGUGAAAUAUGGACAAAGAACAUUUACAUAUUAACUGAUUUAGGGUUAUUUAUGUUUGUGUUCUUAAAUUUAAAAUUAUAAAUAUGAGAAAAAUUAAAUGUGUUUUUUAUUUUGUAAACAGGCCUGUUUUAAAUGUUUUGGUUAUGAUAGAAUAAUUAAUGUAGUUCUCCCUGCACCCCCCAAUAGGGCAACAUUGUAGAAGCUAAGCAAACUUGUAUGUAGUCACAGAGAACUAUGUGACUCCUAGUUGGACAUAAAAGGCCGGUGUUUGCUAGUGAUGGUCAUUUUAGCUAUGGUUGAAGUUCCUGUAAAUCAAGAAUAUCUAACUAAUACUUCAGAGUGAGAGAGAGAAAGCAAGGCUGAGGAUGAGAGAAAGCUGACCGGGAAAGAGGGCUCUGGGAGCUGCCUGCUUGGUCUAUUCUCACUUUUGGUACAGAGUGGUUUUCUUACUUGUGGUCCCUAGCUGUGGUCACACAGAGAAAAUGCGAAUUUUCUUCUUAUACCUGCUUAUGCAGAGCUCAAAUAUGUGACAAACGUGUGUCGAGGGCUAACACAUUUACAAUAUAAAUUCGGUCCUGACCAUGACUGUUUUGGCUACCAUUUAUAAAUCUAAUUAUCCAAAAAGCAUGAACUCAUUUUCAUUCAUUAACCCUGAAUAGAAUAUGGGUUUUCACAUAAGUAAAUUUGAUUGUUGUAAUCCAGUAAUAGAGAUGGAAUAAGAUGGCAUAAAUGAUAAAUUAUUGGCAUAAAUUAUAGUUAAAAAAAAAGUAAGGCAGCCAGACAGUAAAAGUUGAUAUAGCAUUAAUUUAAUAGGAAUCCCGUGUACAAUUUAAAAUGUUCAUAAAAUGUCACUGUGAAUUUCUUGCUGUCCUUUUGUAAUUUUUUUAACAAAGAAUUUCCCCUAGGCAUAGCUACUAGUAGUAUUACAAAUCUGAAGAACUAACUUAAAAGAUUGGCAUAUUAAGCAAGCUAAGGUGCAUAGGAAAUAUUGUGGCAUAAGCUCGUGGAGGCAUUAGCUGGCACAAUGAGAGACGAGAUCUCAAUGUUCGGCUGCGAGAGUGGGAACGCAUUUUGGUUUUGCUCCAGAUCGUUGCCACUCACGUGGUCCAAGGGCUGCUAAGUAGCCUCGCCAUCACCUGGCAUCUUGUUAAAAAUGCGGAAUUUCAGAGUCCUCUCAGACCUACUGAAUCAUAAUCUGCAUUUUGGCAAGACCCUCAACUAAUUUUUAUGUACAAUAAAGUUUGAGAAGGGAAUAUCAAAGUACAAAUAAAUCACUUAUCUAAUAUUUACAAUUCUCAGUGGUAUCACAACCCUAGAUGGCAGAUCAGUUUGUAAUAGUGCUGAUGACAUGCCUUAUAAGUCCUCUAAUUAUACAUUUUUAGUGAUUCUCAUUUAUUUUACAAUAAAAAUAUAACAUUUUAUAUUUUUCUUGUUAACCAUACAUGAAAUCAGGGCUGUGGAUAUCUAUAAUUUUAACUAUGAAAAGUGUACCAUGCUUUUAUAGUACAUGAAAACAAUGGACUCUGAGACGAUUUUAGACAAUGCACAGCAAGUCUGCACGUGUGCAUUCUUUUAAAAUCUCUGAAGGCUUACUCACUGGAGUGGUUCUGAAUUUUUGCUCCAAGUAAUUUCCACCAGUUAAUUUUCUGGAGUAUGGAGUUAUGGUCACAGUGUAAUUCUUUAUUAGUACCUUUGAUACAAUUUCAAAUAAGGAUUAUACAUUUGAAGUUUUUAUAGCUAUUACAAAUACUGGAUAUUGCUAACUGUGGUACUCAAUUGGAAUUAUCCCUACUAUUCUCUCUCUACUCACCUUUCCAAAUUUGAAAGUUGAGGUGGCUUUUGUAGAUAAUUUGCUCAUAAAGAUGCUGAUGUGUCCAUUUGGUCAAAGACCUCCUGUUAUCCAGAAUAAUACCUUUUUAGCAUGAGAGGGAUUCUGCAUCAGUUUGGGGCCUUGCACCCCAUUGCUCAGAGGAUCUGAGCAGAAAUUGAGCUCCAUUCCACAGUUUAAACCUCUCACUCUCCAAAUACCCCAGCCCUGGUGGUAUUCUAGUGAAACUGGGCCCCAGCAUUUGCCUUUUGGAAUCCAAGUGGAGAGAGAAGCAAAGAAGACUUUUCAAAGGAAAGAAAGUAGACUUCUCCCAGAGGACCCAGGGCACGUGAGCAUCCUAGAAUCCUUUGUAUAACACCAGCGAACGUUUUAUGGACCCUUUGUGGACUGUAGAGUAGAAAUUCUCAGUCCUUAAAUGACAAAGUUCAUUUUGAAAAAGCAAUAUUUUAUUGCCCCUUUCAAUUAUGACUUAACUGCUUAGCAAACAUUACUCAUUUAAAAGCAAAAAGUUGAAUUAAAGGGAAAUAUAUUUUUUAAACCAAAAUAAAGAUGAUCCCAGUUUUAAGGGUUUUAUGCCUAUUUUGGAAGAAUAAGAGUAAAGCGUUAGACCCUUUAAAUCAUAGAGAACAAUGUACUCUGAGACAAUUUUAAACAAAUAUUUUAAAUAUGUUGUAAACAUUUGAGUCUGUAGGCACAAUAAAUCUGUACUUUAUUAAAGGAAAUAUACUUUAAGGCAAUAUAUAUGUUAAAUAAUGUAAAUGAAAAAAGUAUUUUUAAAAAAGCCAUUUAAAAAAGAAGGAAUAAUUUGAUGGGUACUUAAACUAAGCAUUGUAGAUAAAAAUUAAUGUACAGUAGUGUUUUCCCUAUCUUUGGAUGAAAAAUAAAAACUCUCUAGUUGUUUAAUUAGCAUGAAUUCAUACUUUUAGAUUUCUUGCUUAGUAAAAUUAUACUCAGUACGUUGAGUUAUUCACAUUUAUGUGUAAUAUUGUUAGAUUCUUCCUCAGAGAACAUAAAUACAUUGUCUUUCAUGCUUUGCAACCUGUGUAUAUCUAAAGAGACCAGCAGUGAACAUUUUGGAAAAUGUUUUUGUGGUUUUUUCUAGUGGCAUUAUAGUACCUACCUGUGUCUUGCUGUGAAGUUUCUACUAGAAAACUCAAGAUCCUAUUUCACAUGCUGUUGCUUUCUCUUGGGUGGAGUUUAUUGUGCACUCCUUACCUUUCCUUCUAAUCACAUAGUGGUACUAAUCUUUUCAUAGUAAGUAUACCUGUUUCUGAUUGUAUUCCUAGAGUUUACAUUCCUGAGGAAUAACCUAUGACUUUGGAUAUUUUUAUGUGCUCUUAACCUUUUUAAGUCUAUGGAAAUAAACUGGAGUUGAGUUUUUUGAA